AUGAACAGUUUUCUCGUGCUUUUUACCCUGGUGUGGGGUAUCAUCUGCCUAAUGGCUUCAUCUGAAGCUGGGCCCAACAAUUUGACACUAGCAGAGAAAAGGGUUUACGACAAGUUGAAGCAAAUGCAGUGCGGAGUCAUAUCGAAUCAAAUACCUGGCCAAAAACUUCGUCGGAGGAUCACCGGUGGCAGAAAAUCGUAUUUAUUAUCCCAACCUUGGAUGGCAUUAAUCUAUAUACCGAGUGACUUAGAUAUGUGUCGCUGUGGAGGCACCCUUAUCUCAGAACGUUUCAUCUUAACUGCUGCACACUGCUUCAAAAUGUGCCCCCAAUCUAAGGAAUUAAAAGUGCGACUAGGAGAUCUCGACUUACAAACCUCACCUGACUGCACUACCUACAAUUAUCAAAGGGUUUGUGCUCCACCCGCUGAGGAAUUUGGAAUAGAAAAGUGGUCCAUUCACGAGGAAUUUGACCCAUUCUACCCUUUUUUUGAUAUAGCCCUGUUGAGACUAAACCGGAAAGUGGUCUUUAAAGUGCACAUCCGACCCAUUUGCCUUCCCCUAACUGACGAACUGCUGGCAUUUUCCUCGGUUAUUGGAAAUUCCUAUAUGGCGGUUGGUUGGGGAAAAGUAGAUAGUCGCCGCUUUGCCAACAGCACGAUGGAGGUGUAUAUAGACACUGAGACAUGCACCGCUGGCUUGGACAGCUCGUUUCUCUGCGCCAAUGGAAAUUAUGUGGACACUUGCGUGGGUGACUCAGGUGGACCGCUCACCUGGCAAAACUUUUAUUUUGGUACUGCUCGAACGGUACAGUUUGGAGUGGUGAGCACAGGAAGCAGGAACUGUGGAGCUGGUAAGAAGGCGUACUACACGGAUGUACCCACCUACAUGCCGUGGAUUAUGGCCAAGCUAUCAGAGUUCCCAAACAUAUAA